AUGGAAGAACCAAACGAUCUUCAUCCACUCGAAGUAACAGCACACACGCUUCUUCUGGGUCCGCUAGAUAAUCUCAACGAAAACUUCGAACAGCUCGAUCAAUCGCAGCUCAUUCUUUUGACUCGGCUAAAGAUCAUUGAGGACAGACUUCUCAGCUUCCAACGGGUAGUACUAGAAGACCAAAAUAUUGUAGACGACAAGGAAUUGACCAGCCAUUUCAACCGUGUCAAAGAGCUACGCCGGCUGUUAUUGGCAUCGAUGAAGACUCUCGGAAAGGUUGAGACCAGGAUAGAGAAAAUGAACGAAAAGUUGCAAGAAUCACUACAAUAA